UCCAUAUUGCAACAUUUGAAAAUGAUGGGGAUCACUGGAGUGUGUUCUAGGCUGAUUGGUGACUUGGUUCAUGCCUUCCAUGGAGUAUCAAGGUGCUCAAGCACAGAAGUGCACAUUGAUGAAGAUUGCAAGCAGCCACAAAAUGCAAUCAAAGUUGACGAGUCUAUGGCAAGGGCACUCAUCACUGUGUUUGGGAUGGAAACCAAUGGAAGAAUAAAGAAGGAGAAGGCAAAGAGAGUGGUGAAGAACCUUGGCUUGAUAUGUUACGAUGAGGAAGAUGAAGAUCUUGAUGAAGUGCCAGUGGAAGAGGUUCUUGGGGAGUUGGAGAGUGAUAAGAGAAAUGAAAUGCUGCUUGAAGCGUUCAAGAUUUUCGAUGUGGAUGGAGAUGGAUUUAUAGAGGCUGUGGAGUUGAAGAGGGUGUUGGAAUGUUUAGGGUUGGAUAAUGGGUGGGAUAUGGCUCAGAUUGAGAAGAUGGUGAAGGUUGUGGAUUUGAAUUUGGACGGCAAGGUUGAUUUUAGUGAGUUUGAGUUAAUGAUGGGAUAAAAGAACUGCAGUCAUUGGAUUAAUUUUUUCACUGAAAAUGUUUAUUCUUUUUAUCAACAAUAUGUUGUGCUAAAUGUAAAUUCCAUGGAUUCAUAAUAUAUUGUACUCCAAGUCUCCAACU